CCGAUUUAGAAAUAUCGAUUCCGAUCCGAUGACGUAGGCGUAACUAAAACCCAGAAAUGGGCGACCGUGCCCCGGUUUGUACAGUGGCGUUGACGUCGGUUAGCUGAGUAAAAAUUAACGCGAUUAUCCCUUCUAAUAAUUUCGCUAAAGCCACCCAUCUAAAAUGUGAACACUAUUAAAAAUGCGCGGCGAACUGUAAGUCGUCCUCCUCGUAACCCGGUCGGGAUUGAAACGCCUCUCGAUCGCUUUGUCGGCGUGGAGAGUGACGGAAGCCCUCCACGUGCCGCGUCUCCGCGGAAGCUUUCGGAGAAGACGAAGACCCCCCCCCCAAAAAAACAACAACAAUAUAUAUUGUAUUUUUUAAAACAAUUAUCGUGCGUGCAAGGCCGGUCCCAAACACCGCUUUGAAUGAACCUUCGUGACAAAAGCGAUGUGUUUGUAACGGGCGCGCGGCUUCUGAUAGCGCUGGAUUUCACGUCACUGUGUAUUGACAGUCGCGACUAACAGUGGCACGCCUUAAAGUGACUUUAAACUAUUUAACAUUUCACGUUGAACUUCUUUCGCACCGUACGUCGCCCAACUAUCGUUAACGAGGCUUCAAACGGCGAGAUGUUUACUGCCUCGCCCGGUAUGCAGGAGGUUGUUGGUUACGAUCCUGACGCUUGCUUGUGUCAUGAGAAAUAUGGAUGAAGAAAAUGCACAGGUGACAGGGCCUGUGGCAGAAAAAGCCAACCGAGUUAAAGAUUCACCGCCAAGCCAAGCAAGCUGCCCAAUGGAGCAAGCCAAUGAACUCCGAGUGACUCCUGAGUCCUCGUCAGAAGACAGAACAAGCCAGGAGUCAUUGACCACUGUUGAUGACUCUGAUGCGGGCCUUGAGCCCUGCAUGAUCUGGUCACUGAUGGAGGCACUGGAGAAGCAGACAGAGCAGAUCGGCGUGUCGGCGUGCGGUGCCACCGCCGUGGUGAACGUUAUGCAGGCGCUCGGAGUGCCGGUGGAGGCCGACAUUGCUGAGAGUGCCGUCGGCACGAAGCUACGUGCCAACGAAGCCCCAUUAGCGGAGUACCUUCUUUCCCGCAGCGUGGCAGGCGCGACGCACGAGCAGCUGCUGGUGGGCGCGCACGAGGCAUCGCGUGGCCGUGUACUCGGCAGGUUUUUCCACAUGUACCCGGCACGCGCGGUGCCGCUGGCGCACUGGCUGCGGCACUGGAUGAGGCGAGGCGCCGUGCCCGUCGUCACCAUGAACAUGCAGGUGGCCGUGCCACCCGGAGAGGAGGUGCCCGAUGCCUGGCACCACCAGAUGGUGUUCGGAGUCGGCAGAGAGGGCAUCUACAUGACCAACCCCUUGGACUUUGUGGGCACAGCGGUGCUGAGCCAGCGCCUAAGCAGCCCCUCGGAGCUGCUGGUGCGUCGCGAGGACGUGGAGGCGCGCGUGGUCGGGGGCAGUGGCACCAUCCCAUGCCUGGAGGACGACCCACGCUGGCACGAGCUUCACGUCGCUGAACAAGUGGAGCGCAUGCUGUGUGCACAGAGUGCCCUCGGCGAGGGCCAAGACCUUCUGACGACAGCAGCACCCACGCACAUCACCAUACCAGCCGCCUACAAGUCGGGCGUGACGCUGUUCGUGCCGUGCGACUCUCCUGUCGCCGCCGAGCUCCUCGCCGAACCAGAGCUUCCCCUGCUCUAGCGGGGACUCCGCAACUCAACGAUGUCCCACGUGAUACUCAGGGUGGUGAACGACCACCGCCGUCAUCAUCAUCGUCGUCAUCAUCAUCAUCACUUAAUAUUUAUACACCACACCUCCUGUGCAGUACAUAAUGAGGUGCCCUGCGGUAGGGAACCCCCAGUGGCAGUUGCCCCUAUGCAGAAGAAGGUGACAGCAGCACCGGCCAUCAUAGUGGAAAUUAGUCUGCCAGUUGCCAUGAGGCUUCCUAAUUUAGCAAUUUUCAAGUAAUGUAUACAAUUUUAGAUGACGCAAGCACACAGGUGUCUGUAUAUAUUUAACUUCUUUCGCACCGUACGUAGCCCACCGUGCUAAACGGAGGUGCAUGGCCUACUUUUGAUGUCAUGGGAUCUUUAACAUACACUUUGAAGCAGAGCGCACUGUGAAGUAGGCCUGAACCAGGGUGGCCACUAAGCUUGAUCCAUGAAACUCUGCAACAAGCAGCAAAACGCCCUACCACUCAUGCAUGUCACCGCGCAAUUGACACAAGCCAGAGUGAUGGACCUCAGCUGUAAUGCUGAGCUGGGAUAGUAAUUUGGGUCUUUGAAAAAUGUCUUAUUACUUCCACAUAUAUAUAAAUUGCACCGUUGGCAUGUCAGGAGAUUAAUGUUUGCACUCUGCCCUUCAUAGAGUGUCUCAUCGUAGUCAAAACCAAAAUCAAACCAAUAUAUCAAAUUAAGUAAAUAACCAAGUUAAAUAUAUACCUUUUGUGUAAUAAAUUGUCAUUCAGGCUGAGACCAUAAAAAUAAUAAAAUUAAUUUAAAAUAAAAAAUAUUUUUAAAAAACAUUUCUAAAUUUAUUUUUUUAUUUUCUAUCUAUGUGACUUUACUGAAAGAACCAAGAAUAUGAAUUCCUGCAGUCACGAAAGUUUUAAGUCAAAAUUUGAGACCAUAAAUGACAGGUGACUUAUCCCACAUUCAAACCCAGCAUCUAAGAGGUGCCAACGCGGUGUGGAGCCGCUCGGCCUCCCGCGGCUGGGAUUUUUCUGCGUGAAGAGAAAAAUACCAGGCCAUCUCGGACUGUUCCUGUUUUUCAUUCCAUUUGGAGCCAAAGAUCUUGAGAUUCAUGAGAAUUUGUGCAUUAUUACAAGCCCCGGCUUCUGAACAUUUCACACACAAAAAGCAACAUUAAAAGAAACCCCUACAAAUGUGAAAUUCACCCUUUCCAUCUCGAUCGACCCUUGGGAGGGUUGGGGCAAGUGCUUUAACACACGCUGGGAUGGUGGAGCCAGCAUUCUAAAUAUAUACUCAAAUUAAAUGCAUGAAGGCUGUCUGGAUUAAGUAAUUGCUGCUCAGCGUUAUGACGCAGUUUUAGCUCCCUGAUGCCACACGGCCAUCCCCUGGUCAAGACUUGGGCUUGUGGAGAAUUGCAAUUUCUGCACAGCGUGUGUAGAGAUAUAAUGUUCUCUUGUUUGCAUGCAUUUUUUGUUCUAAUGCAUUGGCAGUGAUGCAUAAGCAUCGAGAAAAAAAACGCAAUGCAUAUGUCAAUCACUCUGCCCUAAUACAGUAUAUACUGUUAUAUAUAGGUGAUGUUUUGGGCAUGAUGGGCGAUUUUUUUUAUUUUCUGGCAGAGCUAUUGACAUGUCUUGUUUGGAUGGGUAUUGUUUUGGGAUACCAGUUUCUUUUCACAUCCCAAACAUGACCCGACUGAAAAUUAUCUCUGUUGGUUCACUGCAGCUUUUGCUUGCUAAAGAUUCAACGAGUUCAUUAAUUCAUCAAAUGUGUCACGAUAUUCAGUGCACUGACACCAGUAGCAGAGUGCAAAAUCCUGAGCGUUUUAACAUAGCCAUUAACUAUUGGUGCUUUAACAUAUCUGGUACGUAAAGGAUAGUGCCUUUAAAAAUACCUGAUCUUAAAUGCACUUAAGCAUUGUAAAUUAAAAAAAAAU